GGAAGAGGUUAUUCCCCAUCUUCACUCUCACGUAAGUGUCGAGGAAGACACAAGCAGCCUAGAAGAGAAGAUGCUCGCCCUUCGACAGCUGGCUCGCGCCAGCGGAAGACUUGGAAGGGCCUCUGCGGCGGCGCCUUUGGCUGUGUCGGUUCGCGGACCGGCAAGAGCAUCCCAGUUGCUCGGAAGGUUGCAUCAUCUCGAUUCGUACACGACUGGCCACCAUGCUUCCUUCAAGACCAGCGCCAGUCAGAUGCAAGCAGUCGUCAAGGAGGCAGAGGCGGAAGCAGUGAACAGAGAAGUGGCGCGUGAGCCUAUCGGAGAAGGCAGCGCUGAGGCAGCGAGCACAGAGAAGCCGCCCAAGGACGAGUCGUUUGCUUCGCUCAAGCCCUACAUCUCCUAUCCGACCUGGAAGGCCCUGACGGUGAAGCCAUUUGGCUACAAGACAAUGUCGGACGUUCAGACGCGUGUUUUGCACCUCUUACCGGAACUGGCAGAUACCAAGGCCACGCAGGAGCAGGGACGGCACGACCUCUUGGUCAAGGCGAGGACAGGAACGGGAAAGACGCUGGCCUUUCUGGUGCCGGCCAUCGAGGCGAGACUCAAGGCACACAAGGGUGUGCUCAAGGGAGAGUUCACGGAACCGUUUGCCGAGAUGCUCAAGAAGAACAGACCCGACUUGAGUUUCGAGGCACUGGACAAGCACGGAAGGACCCGACUCGGUCAGCAGUUCCUCAACAACACCGUCGGCACCCUCGUCAUCUCACCCACCCGUGAGCUGGCGACGCAGAUCGCAACUGAGGCUACAAAGCUGCAUGAGCACCACGACGGCCUUUCCGUCCAGCUCCUCGUUGGUGGCGCGUCUCGCAUGGGUCAGCUGCGGCAGUGGAAGAAGACGAGGCCGGACGUCGUUGUGGCCACCCCAGGCCGCAUCAUGGAUCUCGCCCGAGAGGAAUCCGUCGUCCGCAACGCUCUGUCUGGGUGUCAGACGCUGAUUCUCGACGAGGCCGACACGCUGCUGGAGAUGGGCUUCCGCGACGACAUCCAGUCCAUCAUUUCCCACAUUCCCACCAAGGAGGACCGCUUGACGAUGCUCUUCAGUGCCACCGUCUCUCGCGACAUCCGCGCCAUUGCCAGGCAGACUCUCGACAAGAACCACGCAUUCAUCGACUGCGUCCCCGAGGGCGAGGACAAUGUUCACAAGCACAUUCCCCAGUUUGCGACGGUGCUGUCCUCGGCAGCCGACCAGAUUCGCCACCUCAUCCGCGUCAUCGCCCAUGACCAGCUCUCCAACCCUGGUCGAUCGAAGAUCAUCAUCUUUGCGCCCACGACAAAGCUGACGCAGAUGCUCAGCCAGGUCCUCUCGCACAGGUCCAUCAAGGCUUGCCUCCCUGCUUCUUCGACUCGGAUGUAUGAGAUCCACUCGAAGAAGGACCAGAACCAGCGAUUCCGAACCAGUGACAUGUUCCGCAAGGACCCGACGGGUGCCUCUGUGCUUGUCACGAGCGACGUGAGCGCAAGGGGUGUCGACUACCCCGGCACUACACGCGUCAUCCAGGUCGGCUCAGCCGUCAGCACCGACCAGUACAUUCACCGCAUCGGCAGGACUGGUCGAGCAGGAAAGACGGGCCGGGCAGACAUCAUCCUGCAACCGUUUGAGGCCGGCUUUGCCGCUUCGUCGCUCAGGGAUCUGCCUGUUCAGGACAUCUCGACGGACGCCUUCAAGACCGAACUCGCCGAGCUUGCCACAAGAUUUGACGAGGACCCGACGAGCGUUGUUCCCUCGGAGAUUUGGAAUGCGAUGCAGCAGGCUCCUGCCCAUGAUCGUCAGCGCGAGAGGUCGUCGACGAGGGGUAAAAAGUCUUCGCGAGCACCCUAUGCCAGCGCGGACUCGGGGUCGCCCAAUCGACCGUCCAAGUUCCAAGAGGAACUGACGGCGAAGCUCGCAGACGAGAAGAUCGAUGGUGCCAUCGAAGAAGCCCUGGCUGGCCUGGAGGAAGAGACAGUGUCGGAGGUGUUUGCCUCGCUGCUGGGCUACUAUGCCAGCCGGACGGACGAACUGCGGACGACAAAGAGCGCCAUGGUGGAUGGUGUCAAGCAGUGGGCCGUCGAAGCCGGUGGUCUCAACGAGCCACCGUACGUGAGCGCCGCAUUCCUCUCGAAGCUCGGCAUCAGGCUCGAGCAACGUAGGUCUGGCUCGCGCUUUGGCAACUUUGGCGGUGACAGGGCAGGAAAGCCAUGGGAAGGUCGCAAUGGCAAGCGGUUGGGAGGCUUUGAAAGCUCCAGGGGAAGGGGUGGCUAUGAAAGCUCCAGGGGAAGGGGCGGCUAUGAAAGCUCCAGGGGAGGAGCCGGCGGCUUCAAGAGUCGAGGCUUUGACGACUCCGGAGGAGAGGGCGGAUUCAGGGGUCGAGCCAAGUCCGACUCGCGGGACAAUUGGGCAUGAUUGCCAUCCACUCUUUUACACGCCUACGCGGGCGGGCGCGCAGAGAGAGAGAUUGAUUGUCCUCUGCUGCUGUAGCCCUCCUUUGAACAUCACCACUUCCACCAGCUUCCUCUUGCUAUUCCAACCUGUACUUUUAGGCGCCGUUGUCAAUCACUAUGAAAUUACUGCAGC